AAGAAGGCGUGGAGGUGACUCUCUGGCCCUCAAGGCCUCUCCUCAUCUGUCCCGACUGACGUUGGGCAACAAAGAUGGCGGCGGGAACCAGCAAUUACUGGGAAGAUCUCAGGAAACAAGCUCGACAGCUGGAAAAUGAACUUGACCUGAAACUAGUUUCCUUCAGUAAACUGUGUACGAGCUACAGUCACAGCAGCGCCCGGGAUGGAGGACGCGAUAGGUAUAGUUCUGACACAACACCCCUAUUAAAUGGAUCAAGCCAAGACAGAAUGUUUGAGACAAUGGCAAUUGAAAUUGAACAGCUUUUGGCAAGGCUUACAGGAGUAAACGACAAAAUGGCAGAGUACACCCAUAGUGCAGGGGUGCCGUCACUGAAUGCAGCCCUGAUGCACACGCUGCAGCGACACAGAGACAUUCUGCAGGACUAUACACAUGAAUUCCAUAAAACCAAAGCAAACUUUAUGGCAGUACGGGAAAGGGAGAAUCUCAUGGGAUCAGUACGAAAAGAUAUUGAAUCAUAUAAAAGUGGGUCUGGAGUAAACAACAGGAGAACUGAACUGUUUCUGAAAGAACAUGACCACCUUCGGAACUCUGAUCGUCUGAUAGAAGAAACAAUAAGCAUUGCUAUGGCAACAAAAGAGAAUAUGACUUCCCAGAGAGGGAUGCUCAAGUCAAUUCACAGCAAGAUGAACACUCUGGCCAACCGCUUUCCUGCCGUGAACAGCCUGAUACAAAGGAUCAACCUUAGGAAGCGGCGUGACUCGCUCAUCCUUGGAGGUGUCAUUGGCAUCUGCACCAUCCUGUUGCUGCUGUAUGCAUUCCACUGAAAGCACGGCCCCAGGACUCUCUGCCCACCAUCUUCAUGGCCUGAUCUGGAGUGAGGAACCUAUGAAGGAGAAAGACCGGCCCGGCCAUGAGCCUGCCAGCGGAUGAAUUCUAAACUGCACCCGUGGCUCUGACCUGGUCAGACUGAGCUGAAGCCAGUUUUUCUGUGCUAUCUUUUCUAAUACACAUUACUCUGUUUUUAAUCUUAAAAACAACAAAAGGUUUCAGUUGCUUGUGUCUCCCUAGGAGGUAAGCAAGCAGAGGCAAGAACCAGGGCUUCAGUGACUGGUGAAGCCAGAUGACCAGCGGGCCUCACAGCUGGACUCCUCACAGCACCAGGCUCUCUACAUCCAAAGACGGCUUUGCUUUCAGCCACGAGAUUGGAUGUGAAUAAAAGUAAUUCUUGUCCUUUUAUUUAACACUUGUGAUGAGAUAUCAGCUGUCUAUUGCUGAUACUCUGUGAUCUAUAUUCUCUUCUGUGUCCCUAACUCUUGGCAGUCAAGAAAAAUUCCAUUUCCCACGGAAUCUGUAAGCUGUUGGUAGACCAGCUUCAUGUUUGAGGCGGUCUGAAAUGGAGAGCGCUGUAGAAAGGGUGUCUCUUUUCUGUUUCAGUUGUGAGCCCUGGGUCAACUGUACCGGCCGCCAACACAUCAGAAUGGCAGGCCUUGCAAAGGAGCUGGUCAUUGCUUUAUUAUUUCUUCCAUUGGGUUAAUAUUUGUUUGUACAUGAUAAAGUUGCAUUUUCACUGGCAGCCAGCCAGUGUCUGUCAUUGCCCCUAGCAGUCCCAUGACAUGUGAAGCUUAAUACUAGGAACUGAGGACGGGGACUUGGUUCUCAGUGAGGGGUGGCUCUCCAGGCCUUCCUGUCUUUCGGUGUUGUGCAGCCUACAGCAGGUUAGCCUGCAGCCUGAUGCCACAGUACUCUUGCCCUGUGCAGAUGGUCCCUCCCUUCUCUGUUAAGCUCCUUCCUACUCCCAGGCCACAGGGUGACCACUGACGGGGCCUGUGACUCCUACUUGCACCUCUCUGUUACUAUGUACAGUGACAGAAUUAUGAGUGCCUCUCAAAGUUAGCCACUUCUCAGCACCUGUAAACUGGUAACUUGUCUUACUGAACUAGCAGAUAGUGUAAAGACUCCAACAUCUGUGCUCACCAAGAGAGAAGGCUCCUGGUCCCCCUGGAAUGUCCUCUAGAACGUUGUCCACGGGCAGUGAGGAUAUUAGAGUGUAGCUCUUCACCAUUCUGCGGUGUGGGAUGGUGCCUCUGGGCCAUUGAUAUCUUACUGCUCAUGGAUAGACUGACACCCAGUCUGGGACUGACCGACAGGUCUGACAUUCUGCCAUUUGAAGUGUUAGUACAUUCUGGGCAUGAAAGGCGUUUGAUAUAUUUUUCUUAAUUAUGGGGUUUAUUUUUCUAAAUAUGGGUUAAUCAACUUGUUGACUGGGCAUGCCCUUAAAAGACAAUUAAAUUUCUCUCUGUGGACCUUAAAAGAAUCAGGGAAAUUUGUUUGUUAAAUUCUCUUUGAGAGAACAGGAUUUCUCUUCCCUGACACUUCAUUGUCUUUGAUUUUUUUCAAAGGGUCUUGAUUGGCAGUUGUGCCUCAGCUAGAUUUUAUGGGACAUAGGACUUUGUUUGUUUUAUAGUGGGCAUAUAUAAAAUCUGGAGUAUCAUAAAUAAAGUUAUUUAUUUAAAUAUACAGCUAGUCUUUUCUACUGGUUUGAAUACAUGUUUCAUUCACUAAAGUUGAUGAGUGAGUGUAGCUAGGACGUGGUCCUGCCCCACUGCUGGCAGCACAGCACAGCAGCUGGCAGCAGAUGGGCCGCCCCGGGAGGCCGUACUCAGAUGAACAAAUAGAAUUAUGUUGCUUCUUUUCUUUUUGAGAGUAAAUCAGUUCUUUCAAGGAACGCUAGUGUAGAUGCUGGGUCUGACCUUCCAUUGCAGUGCCCUAGAGGAAAGACUGUUCUCCCUUCCAGUUCUGCCCUGUACAGGACCCCGAGAUUGGCAAUUGGAACUUCAGUUUUAUGACAUUCAAUAUUCAAGUUUGUUUCUCCCAUUUUGGACUUACCCAGUUAUCAGGCUUAGGCUUUGGCAGUGAAGAAUUUCUUGUCAGAGCCUGAGGUAAGAGGGUUUUUUUAAUUUGUCAUCCCAAUGAACUGUACCUCCUGUAGCCAUGGUUUUUACAGAAUAUCUUUUUUUAAAAAACCAUUUUUAGUAACCAUUCAAAACUUCCCACUUCACUAAAAGAUAUGAAAAGUGGAAACAAACAGCAGAAAAUCCCAAGUGUGUCUGUCUGCCUGGCUUGAGAGCGUCUCACUGCUUAGCCCUGACUGGCCUUGAACUCCCUGCCUCAGCUUCCUGAGACCCUUGGACUGCUACCUGAUGUAUACCACCAACCCUGGCUCCAAACAGUACAUUUCUACAGUUUCUCACGUGGCCCAGUGACUUAGUGCGCAGUACAUUGUUACCGAGAUCCACAGCCGAUACCGGAGGAUCCGCUGCCUCCUACCCUGGUCACCUUUUAUUUUUCUCUUGAUACCAACAUUUACUUUUAUUGAGCAUAUCUUUUUGCUUCUUCCUGGUACUCAGAAGUGGGGACAGGUGAGGAAGAGCUGCUCUUGAGGAUGCUGAGCACGUCCCUGCUGGGUGUGGAUAUGUGAGUGAGAAGCAUGCUCGCUGCUCUGACACAAGCCCUGUGGAGUUGAGGUGCCUUGGCCUUCACCACGUUACUGUCCUGUCUUAUUGUUGAUGAUCUCAGCCUGAGGAGGUGGCUUUUAAGUACGGGUCUAGCCUUUCCAACUUCUAAUACUUUAUCUUCUGUCUUUAGGUAAGAAUUUUGGAAAUUCAUUGAGCUUUUGACCUUGUAAUAUUAAGUGGUUGAAAUACGUGGCUGUGCCCAAGUCAUUUGUGGCAGAUGUGACAGCAAACAAACCUACUCAAAUGACGGAUUGUACGCCGUUCCCAUUUUACAGUAGAGGGCAUUAAUUGGCCUGAUCUCCAAAAAGAUGUAACAUUUCCCACUGUGGUCCCAAACUCAUUCACUCCCGUGUGUGCCCACAAUGCGCCUUUCUCAGAGGGAAUUGGGGACGAGAAACAGGGUCUAAACACGAUAAUCUGGUGGGAAGCUGGGAAAGUUGAGCCAUGUCUUAAAGAAUUUUUUUUUCAAUCUGAUCUAAAAUUGUAGUACCAAAAUAUUUGUACCACACCCUAGUAGCUCUUAGUGAUGGGGGGAAAUCAGUUCUGAUCAUACUUUAUUCCAAUGGAAGAUGAUUGAUUCCUUGUGAAAAAUGCCAAUACAGAUUUUUUUUAAUCUAUUCUUUUCCAAAUGCACUUUCUAAUUUUUUGCUUUUAAAAUAGUGUCUUGGAACCAAUAUUAUUGUAUUUUUACUUAAUUUUUGUUCUCAUCUAAAUGUGCAUUUUCUGACUGUAUAGAAAAAACUUUGUUAUAUAAUUUAAUAAAUUAAAUAUCUAAAUA